UGGCGACUUCCGUAGAAGGGGACCCGCUCCCUCUGCAGAUAAAAACAGCUUAUUCCAAGUGGAGCGUCCUUCACAAGUCAUAUAAGACCAGAGACACACUCUCUUACUUUGCUGUCACUGCCGAAGACAGACAAUAUGCUGCCGGCUGUUGUGAAGCUCUGUUGUGGAAUCUCAUACCCACAUCUGAGGAGUAUGGCAGGACUUCAACGCACAGCUGUGGCAGUGAUAGGCCAGGAGAUCACACACCUGCAGACAUGGGGACAGAUCCAACAUCACAUGAGAACACAUGCUGGAUUAAAAUAUAAUGAGCCCAAACCUGAAGAUGUAACGCCUGUGCCUUUGAAAGAAGAUCAGCUGUUCUAUGUACAACAAGGCCAAGAAGCAAUGAGGAAGGCUCUCAGUAUGUUGGAAGACAAACAAGGAUGGAAGGUUGAGAUCACAGAGAGCAACGGGGAUGUGAUCUGUAGCAAAGUGAUGCCGGGGGCCAGGAAGGUCUUCAGGCUGGAGACGGUCCUGGAGGCCAGCGUGGACGAGCUCUACAACAUCCUGUUUGUCAGAGUGGAGGAGAUGCACCAGUGGAACCCGAGCAUACAACAUAUCAAUGUUCUGAAACAUGUUGGACCCGAAACGAUUGUCACUCACGAGGUUUCAGCCGAGACAGCAGGAAAUCUGAUUGGCCAAAGGGAUUUCCUGAGUGUCAGACACAGUUGCAAAGAAAAGUCCAGCGUUUAUCUUGGAGGAGCAGCGAUUCACCUAGAGUCCUUCCCACCUCAGUCAGGCUUUGUGAGAGCCGAGGAUGGACCAACCUGCAUCAUCAUUCAGGCUCUGGACGAGGAUACAAGAAAAAGCCGCUUCACAUGGCUUCUUAAUAUGGACGUAAAGGGCUGGCUGCCAAAGUCCAUUGUCAAUCAAGCUUUGCCCCGAGCACAGUUGGAUUUUACCAGACAUCUCCGCAGACGUCUCACAGCGAGCGCCACUCUAGGCUGACUGUGUGACACCCACACCGCAGUGGCACUCUGUCAUCAAUCACAGGAGAAGACUGGGAGACAAAGGUACGGUGACAGCCUGGUUGCUCGACAGAACGCUGCCCUUUCAGCGAGAGCAGCUGAGCUGCCUGGAGGAGACGCUCAGCUCCAACACUCUGCAUAGAAGAGCUGGCAGAGACCAGUAUCAGCAACUAAGUGCCAGCCUGGCAGAAGGAAGCUGGUUUAUAAUAGGAAUUAAUGUCAGUGUGCCACUCAGACCUCAUUAAGAUUUCCUGAUUAGGACUCAUCGCUUGUUUGUUGACACAUGACUAACUGCAUAGUCUGAGUCCCUGCAUACAAUAUGACAGGACAAAAUAAAUAAAGU